AUGCAUGCGGCCGUGCCAUGUGAGGGGUACAAUAACAUAGACCCGAACAGUGAAUACAAUAACAUAGACCCGAACAGUGAAUACAAUAACAUAGACCCGAACAGUGAAUACAAUAACAUAGACCCGAACAGUGAAUACAAUAACAUAGACCCGAACAGUGAAUACAAUAGCAUAGACCCGAACAGUGAAUACAAUAAGAUCGACCCGAACAGUGAAUACAAUAACAUAGACCCGAACAGUGAAUACAAUAACAUAGACCCGAACAGUGAAUACAAUAACAUAGACCCGAACAGUGAAUACAAAAACAUAGACCCGAACAGUGAAUACAAUAACAUAGACCCGAACAGUGAAUACAAUAACAUAGACCCGAACAGUGAAUACAAUAACAUAGACCCGAACAGUGAAUACAAUAACAUAGACCCGAACAGUGCAUACAAUAACAUAGACCCGAACAGUGAAUACAAUAACAUAGACCCGAACAGUGAAUACAAUAACAUAGACCCGAACAGUGAAUACAAUAACAUAGACCCGAACAGUGAAUACAAUAAGAUCGAUAACAUAGACCCGAACAGUGAAUACAAUAACAUAGACCCGAACAGUGAAUACAAUAACAUAGACCCGAACAGUGAAUACAAUAACAUAGACCCGAACAGUGAAUACAAUAACAUAGACCCGAACAGUGAAUACAAUAACAUAGACCCGAACAGUGAAUACAAUAACAUAGACCCGAACAGUGAAUACAAUAACAUAGACCCGAACAGUGAAUACAAUAACAUAGACCCGAACAAUGAAUACGUAGAAAACUAA